ACGUAUGUUUAGUAUGUUUUUUCUAGUUACCUUAUUCGUUAUCUGUAAUCAAUCUCCAGUGGAAAAAUUAGAAGAAGAUAACUUUACAAAAUACAUUUCUGAAAACAAGUAUGUUCUCGUCAAAUUUUAUGCCCCUUGGUGUGGUCAUUGUAAAUCUUUGGCACCCGAGUAUGUUAAAGCUGCCGAAAAAUCUCCCGAUCUUGGCGUAAAAGUAGCCGAAGUGGAUUGUACUGAGGAAACUGAACUUUGUCAGACAAAUGGCAUCAAGGGAUAUCCAGUUAUUAAAUUAUUCACGAAUGGCAUACCAAUAACCUACGAAGAAUUGUCCAACUUGACUAGUGGAUCGUUCAUUGUGGGCUAUUUUCCUGUAUUGUUGAUUCUUAUUUUGUCACAGGACACAGAAACCCAAGACUUCCAGGAGUUUAAAACUGCUUCGAUGUCUGGAGAUUUACAAUUUGUCUAUGAGGAUAAAAAGACUAUUCGCUUCAGUGGAGAAAUAACCAGCGAGGCAGUCGACAAAUUUAUCGAUGAUAAUUACAUUCCCGACGUCGUCUGGUUGACGAGGGACAAUAUGAAAUAUGUUUUCAAGGAUGGUCUCAAAGUGGUGGUGUUUUGUGUCAACUCUACGAUGCCUCCAAUUCUCGGAUUCCCUCAAGUUCUGGAAGAGGCUGUCAAUACUGUCGACAUGAAGGUUUCUAAUCGUUUUCAAGCUCAGAUACAAUUUGUUAUCAUCGAUGCAAUUAAUCCCGAUUUCGUCGGAAUUAUAGAGUUUUUUGGAUUCUCGAAAAUCCCAAGUUUUGGAGGAGUGUAUUUAAAUGGGUCAAUUUCUAAAUUUUUCCCCACCGACGAUUCUUUUGAAAAAGAUAAUAUAGUUGACUUUGCGGAUAAAUUUUUAAAUAAUAAACUGGAGUCCAAUAGUUUUAUAUUUAUAGAUGCUCCCUGGUGCGGUCACUGUAAAAAGUUGAUGCCCAUUUGGGAUCAUUUGGCUUCAAGCUUCGAAUCUAAUGAUGGCAUUAUCAUUGCUAAGACUGACGCGACAAAGAACGAAUAUGAUUUCGACAUUCAGAAGUUUCCGACGCUUGUGUUUUUCCCUAAAUCAGCAAAGAGCUUUGAAACACAUUCGGUCUAUACUGGAGAUCGAAAACUAAACGAUUUGGUUGGUUUUGUUAAAUCCAUGUCUUCAUCUCCAUCGGUUUCUUUUGUAGUUUUACUUUUGAGGUUUCUCCUUCAGAAGAACUUUAAUGUAGUGACUGGACUUUUUCUUUCUUUGGAGGUACCUUGUCUUAUUUUGUUCAUUUAA